AGCUAGAAAAACUGAAUCAAUCUACAGAUGAUAUCAAUCGCAGAGAGACAGAGCUGGAGGAUGCACGCCAGAAGUUCCGCUCUGUGCUGGUUGAAGCAACGGUGAAACUGGAUGAACUGGUAAAGAAGAUUGGAAAAGCUGUAGAAGACUCUAAACCUUACUGGGAAGCUCGGAGGGUGGCCAGGCAGGCACAACUGGAAGCUCAGAGGGCAACUCAGGACUUUCAGAGGGCCACUGAAGUGCUGCGUGCUGCAAAGGAGACCAUUUCACUUGCUGAGCAGAGGCUACUGGAAGAUGACAAACGUCAGUUUGACUCUGCCUGGCAAGAGAUGCUCAACCAUGCUACUCAGAGGGUCAUGGAGGCAGAGCAGACCAAAACAAGAAGUGAGUUGGUUCACAAGGAGACUGCAGCCAAAUACAAUGCUGCCAUGGGAAGGAUGAAACAACUGGAGAAGAAGCUGAAAAGAGCCAUCAAUAAAUCCAAACCUUAUUUUGAACUCAAAGCAAAGUACUAUGUCCAACUAGAGCAACUGAAGAAAACCGUGGAUGACCUACAGGGAAAACUGGCCCUGGCAAAGGGAGAGUAUAAGACUGCCUUGAAAAAUCUGGAGAUGAUCUCGGAUGAGAUUCAUGAGAGGAGACGGUCCACUGCCAUGGGGCCCCGAGGAUGUGGUGUGGGUGCUGAAGGGAGCAAUACCUCUGUGGAAGACCUGUCAGCAAGUAAACCAGAGUCAGACACCGUCUCCAUGGCUUCAGAAGUGUUUGAGGAUGAUAAUGGCAGCAGCUUUGUAUCCGAGGAAGAUUCAGAAACUCAGUCAGUGUCCAGCUUCAGCUCUGGUCCUACAAGUCCCUGUGAGGUGCCCACUCAGUUUCCUCCUGCGACACGACCUGGAAGCCUGGAUCUGCCCAGCCCUGUGUCCCUCUCUGAGUUUGGGAUGAUCUUUCCAGUCCUCGGCCCCCGAAGCGAGUGCAGCGGGGCAUCCUCCCCCGAGUGCGAAGCUGAAAGAGGGGAUAGGGCAGAAGGGGCUGAGAACAAGACAAGCGACAGAGUGAACAAGAAUAGGAGCAGCACCAGAAGCAGCUCCACUGAAGGGCUGGCUCUGGAUAACCGAAUGAAGCAGCUCUCCCUUCAGUGCAUGAAAAUCAAAGAGGGAAUAUGCGCAGGCAGAAAAGCUGCCCAAAUUGGCUGAGUCCUUCUUGUGCCCUGUCCUGAUUAGUGGGAGUCUAAAUAUUUAUACAUGAACUUCUAAGUGUUUGAAGAACGUUGUGCCAAUAAUAUAUGCCAAAUUGUAAGCGUU